AUUUACCUUCAGAUAUUCGAAAAGUGAUCGUUGGUGAAGAGGAGCAGCAGGAGCGGAGCUUCAGUGUGGACCAGGAGGACCCAGAGCCCCCACACAUUAAAGAGGAGCAGGAGGACCCAGAGCCCCCACACAUUAAAGAGGAGCAGGAGGAGCUGUGGAGCAGUCAGGAGGGAGAGCAGCUUCAAGGUCUGGAGGAGGCUGAUAUCACCAAGUUCCCAUUCACUCCUGUCCCUGUGAAGAGUGAAGAUGAUGAAGAGAAACCUCAGUCCUCACAGCUUCAUCAAAGACUAACUGAACAGAUGGAAACAGAAGCUGAUGGAGAGGACUGUGGAGGACCAGAACCAGACAGGGACUCACAUCCAGAUACACAUUUACAACCAGAGACUGAUGAUAGUGUUGAUAGUGAUUUUUGGAAGGAGAGCAAAAAACGUUUAUCUGGUUUAAAGUUGUUGAAAAUUGAUGAAGUUCUUGCCAGUGAUUCAAGGUCUAACACUGACAAGAAGUCAUGUAGCUGCUGUGACUGUGGGAAACCUUUUGCCCACAAGAGACUUCUGAAACUACACAUGAGAACUCAUACAGGGGAAAAGCCGUUCAUCUGCUCAGUAUGUAAGAAAUCGUUUAAACAGAGAGCUCAUUUACGGUCACACAUAAGAAUCCACACAGGAGAGAAACUGUUCAGCUGCAGUAUUUGUAACAGAAGAUUUGCCUGGCGUCAUCAAGUCAACAGACAUAAAUGCGUUGGUAGUCAGUCCUUACAAGAACGUUAUGGAGAGGACUGUGGAAGACCAGAACCAGACAGGAACUCACAUCCAGAUACACUUUUACAAGAACCUCAGUCAGGUUUAAACUCUCUGAAAAAUGAUCAAGUCAGUGUCAGGGAGAAACCAUUCAGCUGCUCCGAGUGUGGAAAACGAUAUGGCACCAAGGGUAAUCUAAAGAGACACAAGAUGUUUCAUACAGGAGAGAAACCAUUUAGCUGCUCCGAGUGUGGAAAAAAAUUUAGCACCAAGGCACAUCUGAAGAUACACUUGAGAACUCACACAGGAGAGAAACCCUUCAGCUGCUCAGUUUGUAAGAAAUCGUUUACAGAGAGUGGAAGUCUACACAAACACAUGAGAACCCACACAGGAGAGAAACCAUUCUGCUGCUCAGAGUGUGGGAAAACAUUUGGCAUCAAGGGGAAUCUGAGGAUACACAUGAAGUUUCAUACAGGAGAGAAACCAUUCAGCUGCUCUGAGUGUGGGAAAACAUUCGGCCGCAAGAUACAUCUGCAGGUGCACAUAAGAUCUCACACAGGAGAAAAACCAUGCACAUGCUCUGAGUGUGGUCAAGGGUUUGACACUAAGAGUUCUCUGAGGAUACACAUGAGAAGUCAUACAGGAGAGAAACCUUUCAGUUGUCCACUUUGUCAGAGAUGUUUUACGCAGGGUGGAUCUUUACAGAGACACAUGAAAAUACAUACAGGAGAAAAACCUUUUGAUUGCUCAGUUUGUGGUAAAACAUUUAUACAGAAGGUACAACUUAAACAACACAUGGUUCACCACACAGGAGAGAAACUCUUCAGCUGCACUGUUUGUGACAAAAGGUUUACCAGGCAUCAGCAGGUCAAAAAACAUAAAUGUCUCGGUCAUCAGUCCACACAAGAAGCUGAUGGAGAGGACUGUGGAGGACCAGAACCAGCCAGGAACUCACAUCCAGAUUCACAUUUACAACCAGAGACUGAGGACAAGACUGGAGACUCUUCUGAACCUGAGACUGAGGACAGUGAUGACGGUUUGACUUGACAGCUCAGCAAAACUUAGUCUGAAAUACAUUCUGAUGUCAAAUUAUAUUAAUUUCUAAAAUGAGUGUGGAUGGAUGUGCACAAGAAAACUAAAGGCAAAAAUGCCAAGAAAACGAUCUUAAAAACAAAAACAAAAAAUUAAUUUAAAAAUCUGUCCAAAUUUUUUGAAGAUAGAGGAAUAAGAAAAACAUGAUUAUUAUAAAAUAAACUUCCACACAAAAGUCUUUACAAAUCACCAAUAUCUGAAAAAAGUAAGGUUUUUCAUUGAAAUUCCCCAUUUUUUUUAAGAAGACCUGCCUUCCUGUUUUCUUUAAAAAUCGGCGGUAAAAUAAGUCUGAAAUGUGGCCAUUUAAAUCUGGAAAAGUAAUUGAACUUGCAGAUAGCAAUUUCCAGACCUGGAAAAGUUUUAGAAAACUAAAAUACCCUGAAAAUUUCUGAAAAAAUA